AUGGCGGCAAGAGAUUCCUUUUUAAAUAGUUUCGAGUCAUUAGCUGUUGCAAGCGAGUGGACUCCAAUGGAAGAAGCUCGUCCUAUCAAUGUGCCCAUCUACUCUUCUUCCACUUUCAAGCUUCCAACUGUAGCUCGUGGGGAAGAGCUGUCUACGGGCAAGGUGAGUGAAACUAUGGAUCAUUCGUUCUACGCCGAAAAAAAAUCGUUUUGUUAAAAUUAUUGCGGAGUUCCGCUUGCUUUUGGCUUCCUUUUUCGGCAGGAGGUGCAACUGUGACACGUGUUCAUAUAGGGUUGGGGUGGGGAUGGUAUACCUACCAACUCUCACGCCUUAGGCGUGAGUCUCACGCCUGCGGGUUGAAAACUUCGAUCUCACGCCCGCUCACGCCUGCGGACCAAUUUCUCACGCCUGACUGAAAAAUGUGAGUUGUUGCCGUCUUGCUUGACACAAUUUCCAAAAAUAUGUUAACUCAGACCCAUGUAAGGAACGAAAACCAUGUGUAAAAUGAAUAAAUGACAAUACCUUCCUCGCGAUCUCUGAUUUUGUGGAUAAGCGUUUUCUCGAUAACUUCGCCUUCGGCAGACUUCGGACAUCUUCGGAAGACUUCGGACUUCUUCGGGAAUCUUCGGAAAUGAUCGUGUCGUUUUCAAAAAUCCCAGCACUCCCAGGAUAAAAAUCUCACGCUUACAUCUCAGAAAAAGUUGGCAGGUAUAGGAUGGUAAGGUGAAAAAAAACUUGACCCAAAAAUGAGUGGACUGGUGUGAGUAAGGUCGUUAUGGUAGUAAACGGUAAAUGCUUUGUGUAUAGUAAAAGAGCACUUAGUUGAUCUACAACAGCUAGUUUACAGGCAAUCCACUUAAAUAAUUCAAACAGAUAAUUUAAAAAUCAUGAUACCCUUGAAUAAUUUGUUUUAUUCAGAGUGAUGGGUGGCUGUAUUCUCGUUGGAAUAACCCCACAACUGAUGCUGCAAGUCAAACACUCAAUAAUUUAGAAGGGGGAUAUGGAACAUUGCUGUUUUCAUCAGGCAUGGCUGCAGUUUCAACAGCAUUUAUGGCAAUGUUGAAGAGUGGGGAUCAUGUGGUAAGAAUAUACACCCUUAUAGAGCGAUUUUUGAAUGACCAGGGCUCAAAAUUAGCGACUAACUGGUCGCAUAUGCGACUGGAUUUUUGCUUGUACGCCUAAAAAUUCAUGUGUAAUCGCACCUGUGCGCUGUAAAACCCAAAGCACGGUGCAACUGACUUACUUCUGACUAUAGUAACGAACUCGAACUAGAAAGACGGUGUAUGUUCAAUUCGUCUUUUCUCCCAAUGGAUUCUAUGAACUCGAAUGUUCUUUUUAGUUUCAAUGUUUUACUCCAUCCCAGACUCUUCUGUUUUGUAAUAAACAUCGCUGACACAUGCAAAUAUAUGCUACGAAUGAAACACGUACUUUUUGCGCAAUGGACGAUCAUCUCGAAUGUUCAGUUUUAACGUCCAUCAAAACAAAAACAGUGCGCAUUAAGAGCCUUUUUUUUCCAGGUAAGAAAGUUUUUUAAGUCGUAUUCCAGUUACAUGUAAGUCAUUGCGCAUUUAACAAAUUCAUUAAAGAUUAAUUUUCAUUCUCGUUCGACACACUCAUUGUUGUCAGUUUUGAAUUGUUUUUUUAAGUGUAAGUUUUCUUUAGUCACAACCGUACGUACUGUCAAAAAGAGAAAUCAAAUCGGCUGUGUUUUAUCAAUCACAGGACUAAAGUAAAAGUAACAAACUGAAGAUGACAAAUAAACAUGGCACUGUUAAGCUUUUUACUUUUUCUUUUGAAAUAGAUGCUCCCAACAUUAUAAGCUGUGCUUCUAAAAUUUCAGCUGUGCGCCUAAAAUUUCGGCAGUGCACCUAAAAAUUUACAUCUGGUAGCAGAAGUGCUCCCAAACUGAAAUUUAAACUUUGAAGCCUGAUGGCCUUGAAAAAUGAUGAAGUAUUCGUUUUAUCAGCGAAUGGAUGAAAAGAUCAAAACAUGGACUCUUUGUUUUCCUGCUAAAGAAAACCCUAACAUCGAGAAGGCAUUGUUCGAUUGGCCAAUCAUGUUGCAGUAUGACACCAAAGUGAAGUAUCAAUUGAUUUCUAGAAAGUUCUUGGGCAUGAAGAUUUUUCACCAGAGUGAACCAAAAGCCACAUGCAUUUGUAUCCGUUCGAAAAACCAAUCAAAUCACUCUAUUUCUGUUAGGUUUUUGCUUCUGUUUUGUUCGGGCAUUUUCAUUUCAAGGUCAUAUGAAAAUUGCUCUAUCCUAACGAGACUGUGAGACAAAUUUAAUCCUCAUGACAGGGCUUUUCGACUAGCCUGCCAGCAAGCUCUCUUAGGUGCUCUGGCUGUGAGUGGGGGAGUCCUGCAGAGUGGGUGUGGUGCAAUUCACCUUAUCUUCUAAGGGGUACUGAUUCCAAAAUAGCACUAUCAAUUUUGGACAUUUUCACAUUUUCAGCUCAAUACUCUAAAUUUAAGGUUUCAAAGUAACUUCAAUGGUGGUGGCCAUUUAAGAUUUAAAAUCCUACAUGGUCUCAAGUGGCAAAUUUUAAGCCCUAAAAGGCAAAAUCACACCCUUGCCUAUUUUUAUUGGAAAGUCUCCUGGACUUUUUUGUCCCCCCCCCGCCUCUUGAGAUCCUUGGACACUCAAUCAGAAGGCAUGUCCACUAAGCUUCUUCCCAAUUCCAGAAGCAUUUAAGUCAUAUAUAUAUAUAUAUAUAUAUAUAUAUAUAUAUAUAUAUAUACAAAACCUUUAUAGAAGAGUUUUUGCAAAGUACAUUGUAUUUAAUUUCACAGGAUUUUACAAAAAAGGGUUAAAUAUAUAUAUAUAUAUAUAUAUAUAUAUAUAUAUAUAUAUAUAUAUAUAUAUAUAUAUAUAUAUAUAUGUAUGUAUGUAUUUAUAAACCUAAGAGCUGGAAGGGUGAAAAAAAGAGUGUGGUGUGUGGGUGGAAAGCAGUGAACAAUUCCCAUUGACAAUGUAUUGAUAUUUUCUCCUUUAAUUUCCUAGGUGAUUCCAAAAGUGGUUUACAGUGGUACACUAUAUGUAGUGAAAACAUUUCUGUUGCGAUUUGGAGUGGAAUUUACCAGUGUUGAUGGCUCAGAUCCUUCUUCUUAUCGGGAUGCUGUCAAACCCAACACUAAGGUUUGUCUUAAGAAUAAAAUUAAUAAUUAUUCAUCGCCUCAUUAAUGACAUCUACUCUCUGGAAAGACAGUAAAAACACUACAAAAAAGUGUUAAAGUUGCUUUAAAAACAAAACAACAAAUUUAGGAUAUGAACUACAUGUGUCCUGUUUUUAUAUUAUUGGCUCCUUGUGGAGACAGAACCAUCUUAGAAUGGGUGGUCAUUUGAUUCAGCCACACCAAGGUCUAACUAUUUGCUUUGUAGAGGCAGUUAUUGUAUACCACAGUUUAUAUUUAAGGCCCUUAGUAUGGGUCUGACCAUUAGAUGAAGAAGAAAGGCCUUUUUUUACCAUAAAUUCCUUCAUACUCAUAACCUAUUACAUUAUCACAAGGCAGGAGAUCAAGCAAAGCACGCUCUUAGCUUUUAGACGAUCUCUGCUUUAUAUCAGAUACCAUGAUGAUUAAAUCUGCACCUUCUACUUCUCAGUCCAUGCUCUACUGACUGAGGUUGUGCUGCUACCAUGGAAACAUACUGAUUGAUCAUCAUCAUCAUCAUCAUCAUCAUCACCAUAAAAAUUGUAACAGGCAUUGUAAGCUCCAGGCCAAAACAAUGGGAUGUUUUUUUUCAGUUGCCAUUCUAAUAUUCGGGGAUCUUGAACUCUUGUGUAUGUUGUGGUUCAAUUUUAUCCGUGGUUUAAAUUUUCUUUUCUUUUGUUUCAAACUCAUUAUCAUACAUUACCAUACCCAAAAACAAAGGAAAAUAAAAUUUAAAUGAAGGAUAAAAUUGAACCACAACGUGUACGUAAGGCAUCCCUAUGCUGAAAUAGUGAUCAGCACUAUCAGCUAAUACUUGGUCGAAAUGUUAGCUGACAUAUCAACUUAUUCUUCAUUGAUAUAUUGGCCAACUAUUGGUCGAUUUGACCAUCGGCUUUAAUUUGCCGAGUGUCAGUCGGCGUGUUGACUGACAGAUAGUGAACAUGUGGGUGGGUCUAUCUUUUCUAGAUCUGUGUUUAAUUUUGGGGGAUGAUCAAAGAAGAAACCCAUUGAACUAAUGCUCUGAACUGAUGUUGAUGCAGACUCUGCCUGCUUAUUGUCUGUGAAUGUAAUGUGAAAUAAAUCAUGAACUAUGCUUGAAACAGAUCAAUAUGGAUGUGUGACUUGCAGCUAUAUUAACAUCCUAAGCAGCUGAAAAAGAAAACUGAAAAAAUUCCUGACUUGACCGGGAUUCAAACCCUGGCCUUUGUGAUGACUGUUCACCUAGUGCAGUUUUCCAAGAGAUCUUCAGCUGUUUGAUCGCUGAACUUGAAAGACCAUGAUGGAGAUUCAGAUAUCUUUCAAGCAUACAGAGAUACAGCAAUCUGCUGCACUUUAUGGAGAAUUCCCACUACUUCACAACUAAGGUAUCUCAUGUUCUGAUUUUCAGGUUUCUUAAAAAAAAGUACCUUCAAGAUUUUUAGAGUGUCUUUGUAUUUAUAAACAAAGUGCUUCUUGAGAACAUUGUUUUUUUGCAGGACAAGGGCAGCACCUUCAUUUCUCAGUUAUAUUAUGAUAAAUUUGUUGUAUCUGAUAUGACUGAUAUUUCCUAUGGCCCCGGGGAUCAAACCCUCAAACUCUUGCUCUACAGAUUUGAGUGUUCUGCUGACUUAUCUAACCCUUCUGUGUGAUUAGACAAGGGAGGACUUCAGGAACAAAGCUCUAGAUUUUCCUCACAAUGCUGCAAAACAAAACAAACAAUAUGCUUUAUUCAGUCAGAAAUUGAAAGUUAGAAGCUUCUGGCAGCUUCUUUGUUUGGAAAAUUGUUGCUCUUGGUAUGUUCAGUAAACUAGAAAAAUGUAAAAUGGGUGACCGCAUCAACACCCGUCAACAUUCAGCAGUCGUACCAAAUUAAUCAAAUCACAAGGUGGUCUCAUGGAUUGGUGUCAUCAAAUUAAAAAAUACUGUAUGUACAUGCUGUCAAGACCUUACUUUUGCCAGACUGAGUGUCUCACCCUCUGUCUAAAUAAGACGUGUUUUAACUAGGAAGAAGAAAAUUUGGAGUUUCACCAAGUGUUAGAUAUUGCCGUUUAAAUUGAGUAACAUGUUAAAGUUGUUGUUGAAAACCUAUUCUUCAUUUUUGAAUGUCAGCUCGACGAGUCGCGCCUUUUGCCUGUAAGUGUCUUUAAAAAGUUGUUUUCGUUUUGGAAAGUGCCCAUAUUUUUCCGUGGGGCUUUGUUUGUGAACGCAAGGAAACUAAGUAGAUGUUAGCAAAUUUCGGGUUAAAAAUAAGGAAAUUUUGAGACCCCUACCACGAAAAGCGAUAUUUGUUAUUUACUUGAGAGUGAAAGGCUUUUGGCGGGAACAAUUUACAUCAGGUUCCUUAUACUCUCUUUUUCAACUCUUCGGAUGAAAUCAACAUUAGAGCCGAUUUUUCCUGACCGUCGCUCAUUCUCUAUUUUUUUUUCUGUAACGUUUUGAUGAUUACCCCAAACACUCUGUCUCCUCUACUGUCCUAUUCUGCGAGCAGUGGUUCAGUGGCCGGACGCUACGCUACAAAGGGAGGAAAACUACUGCUUCGUAGAGUAGCGUCCGGGCUGGAGAAACACGCACUGCUCGCGGGGUACUACUGUUCAGACCUCUGCUAAACAAAUUAUGUGAAUAACAGAGAUUUCUAUUUUUGCGUUCAACUCAUCCUUAUUUAAACCGUGGUUUCUUUCCUCUCGCCAUUUGUCAGUUUGUUUUGAGAAAAACGAAAGGCUGCUGACAACGUUAAAACUUAUGGCGAUGUUGAUCUCAUCAAGUUGAUGCAAUUGAAACUCCGGGGAGUGCUCAACAGAGGUUUAUAUGGGAGCCUCCGCCAAGAGGGCAACCCCUCAGUAUAUACCAUUGUUAACAGAAAAGGCACCCCUUUCGUAUGCCUUGACAAUGUAUUCCUUUUACAUAGCCAGUUUAGAACCCUGCACCCUUUUUGACUGCCUUAAAUGUACCGUCGUCCAAAUAUGAAUAAACCAGGUAGUUUUCUUGUCUUUUCCCAGCCAAAAAAUGUAUCUACUAGCCUCUUUAGGUCCUGUCACAAACUGCAAUGACAUAUUUUCCUACCCUUUCAUAUACUUCAACUACUGAAAUCCCUACACUUUCAUACACCAGAAACCUGACUAAGGUACCCCUUUCGGGCGGAGCCUCCUUUUAUUAGCCUGUACCACAGACGAAACUUAACUCUGGUUAAGUCCGUCUGCGAAACAGCGCCAAAAUCCUUGUUCUGGGCCUCCACUUGUAUACCAGGAUUUGAGUACGCGCCAUGAUUGGCCUUUUAAAAAUGCUAUUGUCGAUUUGCCAAUCAGAAUGAAAGGAAAUUCGAACGCACUUCCGGUAAUUCGUUGAGUCCGUGAGGGGCCAAGAACAAGGAUUAACUUUUGCCUGCGACACAGGCUACCUUGUGUACACCAUCAUAAGGAGUAACCCCCGGGAGUUGAAAUGACGGUUAAAAGGAUUUAGGCUUAGCAGGAAUAUUAUUGAUUAUUUUGUCAGGUUAUCUUUUGUGAAACACCUUGUAAUCCAACCAUGACCUUGGUAGAUCUUGAGGAGAUUGCUAAGCUUGGCAAAGAAAAUGGUGCCAUCACCAUGGUCGACAGCACAUUUGCUUCUUCUUUUAACCAGAAGCCCAUCCAACAGGGAAUUAAUAUUGUUAUUCAUAGCUGGUGAGUAAAUUAUGAAAAAAAACCACAUCAUAUGUUGUUCACAACCGUUAAAAAUAUAUCAUAGUUUAUAUUUGAAGAGGUAAUACCAAGUGGUUUCCUAUUAUACUCAGCAAACACGAAGUAAGCAUAACCUUAGAACACAAGACAUAGAUGUACAAGAGAAAAAGGAUUUCUUACUGCGCUUUUCACAAACAUGCGAAUUGUGAAGUUCAAAAGCCAACUGACGAUUGCGUUUUUCGCUGCCGUCAAUCAUCUUAACGGACCUCCUAGGAAACAGAACUUUACUUUAACGAGUUCAAAAGGUCAUGGUUUGUGAUUUGUGAUUGGUGGAUUUGGAUCCGUUUUGUGUGUUUCUGUGUUUCAAGGUUCGUUGCUUGUGAUCGUAAUUAUGAUUGACGGCAGCGAAAAACGCAAUUGUGAAGGCGGCUUUUGAACUUAAGAGUUCGCAUGUUUGUGAAAAGCGCAGUAAUGUUUUUCGACGAAACAUUUCACGUUCACGUGAAAUUAGACGGCGUGGUCGCGGAAGCAGUAGUCAAUAAUAACCUUCGCGGCAUGCGCGGGAACUUAAAAUAGAUUUUAAUUAAUUGACAUGGGGCACAGGGAUUCACUCUCUUGGCUCAUUCUCUUUUGAAUCAGUGAAUGGGCGGGGACGCUUGCCUCUCUAUUGGGGACUAAAUACCUGUAAACACUCGUAAAAUCACACGUAAUCUAUAGGUGCCCCUGUUUUAUUGUGAUCACCCGUUCUCGGUUGGUUGGGAUUUUUCGUGUUCUACUCGUCACUACCUAAAUCUGGGUAGUGCCUCUGAUUGGUCAUGCAGCGAGAGAAAUUUGCGUCAACUAAUCACAAGCACUGUCUUUAUGGCGUUUCUGCGCUCGUUCCUCAGACUUCAUUUCGCGGGAAAAUCAGUGGUGGCGUCACGAAAUGUCCGCUGUUUACUCAGGCAAAAAAUAUAAUGCUGAGGUUUUUCCGUAAUAACUAACCAGACACUUACUGAUCCUUUGUCUUCUUCUAUAGCACGAAGUAUCUUGGUGGACAUAGUGACAUAACAGCGGGAUCUCUCACGUUGUCAUCACAGGAGCUGUAUAAAGAAUGUUAUGAGUUGCGCAAGUUCCUUGGAGGAUAUAUGGUAAACACACAAUCUACUCCUUGGAUAUUUUAAGCUGCCAUGUCGUACUAACAAUUUUAAGGCUUGUUAAGUGAAUGUACGAAGCAUCUUGUAUUUUGGUGGCGCUCUCUUAGUGUUUAAAUGUUUGGCUUGAUGGUCAAGUAUUUGUUGAAAUAGCCAGCAAACAAAUUUGUUGAGAAAUAAUAUAAGGCUGAGUUGUAGUUCACGAAACAGAGUAGCAAGUAUCUCUCACGUGUUUGUGUAGGUGUUGACUCCCCUCGACUGCAACAUUGCUCUUGCGUCAAACCUGUAAUACCUCAAAUUAGUAAAAACCUGCGUUAUCCUUUUAAGAAAACGUGUGGGGACCCCAACUUGUAAGUAGUGCUCGUGCGCAACAUUUUUUGUGGUGAGGAAGGAGGUGUACGGUAUGUGUAUUUUCAUUUGCUCUUGACUGUUUGUUCAACAUGUACAAAAAAGUAACGCAGUUGCAAACACUUGACCCAAAACUAUGGCAUAUUAACGGCAUUUAAGGUCGAGAGUGUUUUUACAGAUAAAGGUGAAAUGUUAUAUAAUUGUUUUUAGAGGGACAAGACAAGCUUAAACCCAACAACGUUUUGUUUUGUUUUUUUUUUCACAUAUGUCCUAUCGCUAGAGUACCAUUGAAGUGUCCAAGUAACAUUUUUAAAUUUUGUUUAGUCACCAUUCGAAGCUUUCCUUCUGCACCGUGGGCUGAAAACUCUUCAUGUUCGUAUGGAAAGACAUAAUCAAAAUGCCAUGGAAAUCGCCAAGUUCUUGGAAGGUCAUCCAAAGGUAUUCUAAGUGUAGUUUAGUCGAUCAUCCCUAUGCAUAUUACGAUUGCUAGUGUAGGUCAUUUACAGGAAAUCCAGACUAGGCAUAUAUCAAAAGGGAAUUUUAAAACAUGGUGUCGGUUUGCUGUGCUGGGGCCCGUUUCUUAAAAGUUCCGAUAACGUUUCGGAACCAAAAAGCUGUAUAGUGUUUGCAGUGUUUUACAUUCAAGAUCAAAGUUUCAGUAAUUCUGAAAAUGAUACAAUGAAAUUACAGUUGAUUAACGAAGCCAAAUUGACUUGUUUAUGACCAAGGAACUGUGCUACUAUUCAAAAGGUUUUGAUUUAAAGAUUUGCGUUCGGGCCCGAAAAGUUAUCGAGACUUAAGAGAAACAGGCCCGUGGAGACCAUUAGCAACACCGUCAUUGUCAAUCGUGGUGCAUUUUCGAACCUCACUCAUGCUUGGUCGAUUUCGAUACUUAACAUUGGUAGUGUUUGUGUUGUCACUUCUAAUCCACCGUACCGUACGUAACAAGAUGGCGACUGGUACAUUUACCCACAGUUCUUAGCGCAUGAAAACCACAAAAUUGCUCAUAAAAACGCACAGAACAGUUUUAUAAACUUCAAACCUAGGAUAGGCAAUGUUGCUAUUACUGGGGCGAAUUUCGCCCCCCUCGCCCCCCCCCCCCCCCCCCAAAAAAUGACUAUUUGUAAUUGGCCGUGUUAGGUUCGAAAGGAAUUGUGGUAAAAUGUACGGCCGCCAUCUUUUUCCGUACGGCGGAUUGGCUCAUGUCAUUGCCAGCUACUCUUCUGAUCAGACAUCAGUGCAGUAUCUGAAUAUUUAAAGAACCUGAACUCAGAUAUAUAUCUGCUCUAUCCCUGGGGCAGGUUUUGUAACAGUUUUACUACUUGAAGUUGUAAGGGUAGAACUGAAAGACUGACAUAUAAAGUUCAUUCCUAUAUAUGUAUUACAACGUACCCGCAUCGUUUGUAAGAACGAAAAAAUUAAAUCCCUAACGUGCCUAUGUAACAAAACACUUAACUUUAGAGUCAAUUUAUUUAGCUCAAAACUACUAAUUGGGGACACUAUUUUGUACGUCUCCUGUUAGAGAAGGGACCGAAAUUUUACUUGAUCAUCCUAGCCACGCGAAGGUCUGGCCAUUCGUAGAGUAUUGGUUCGAUCCCGGGAAUCAAUCCCUUAUAAUCUCCCACACUGGAGUCAAGCGCUUUACCGACUGAGAUAAUCCUGCCGCUGUAACCCUACUUUUUUCUCUAUUUUCUGUCAUGAUUUCUUUUUGGUCCUGUUCAGGUUGAAAAAGUUUUCUACCCUGGAUUGCCUUCCCAUCCUCACCAUCACAUUGCAAAAAAACAGAUGACAGGAUACAGUGGAAUGUUGUCGUUUGAAGUGAAAGGCGGAAAGCAGGCAUCUUGUCAACUGGUUGAGGUACGCAUCACCACGCUACAACAUUAAAAGAUAUUUUAGCGAUUGUUUGCAGCAGCCAGUUGUAUUUUGAUUAACUAGAGCGAUUUUCGUAUGACCUUGAAAUGAAAACGUGGGGAAAAAAAGGAAACAACAAACGAACGGAAAUGGAGUGAUUUGAUUGGUUUGUCGAACGCGCGCUUCUUUUGGUUGGUUAAGCAAACGCUCGGGGGAAAAAACGUCAUGCCCGAGAACUUUCUAGAAAUCAAUUGAUACUUCGCUUUGACGUCAUACUGCAACACGAUUGGCCAAUCGAACAAUGCGUUCUCCAUUUUAGGGUUUUCUAUGGCGGGAAAACGAAGAGUCCAUGUUUUGAUCUUUUCAUCCAUUGGCUGAUAAAACGAACACUUACCGAACAAUUUUUCAAGGUCAUACGAAAAUCGCUCUAUCAAUCCCAGGACAGUUUGAAUAUGGUUGCCUUCUUGAGUUAUGGUCGCGUGGUUGACAGGCGAUGAGAUAGUUAUAGUUGCCUGCGAGCGAACUCUAGGUAAGCAGGGGUGGGGGGAGAAGGGAAAGAGAGCUGUCGUAAAAACCCCAUCCCUUCCCCACCUGUUGUUUUCCCUGAGAACAUUUACUAUUGUAAACUUUUUUCCAUUUUAAAUUACUUUUAAAGGAUGAAAUGUUUUGACAGUUUUGGUUUUAAUUUCAGAAUCUGAAAAUGAUCCAGCUCGCUGUGUCUUUAGGUGGAGUUCAAAGUUUGAUCGAGAUAGCUGGCUCUAUGACUCACCCCGAAAAGUACAUAUCAGCAUCCGAAAGGAAGGAAGGAGGCCUGUCAGAAUCACUUGUAAGAUUCAGGUACGCGUUGAUUGUUGUUCUUGUAACUUUAUUGGUAAGACCAUGCAUCGAAAUGACAUACAGAAAUGAUGUUCUUUUUUAUUGUUGAUUCACACACCCUUGACUUUAUCCCUGGUCCUUCAAAACGUUCGUACACUGGGUAUCCGAUGCUGUAUUACGUACACACUUGCUCGAUUUUGCGCCUGCCUUUAGAUACCAUUUUAAAACAAUAGUCCAAGAAGGAUUUUUUUAGGGGUGUGCAAAUCAAGCAAAGUACUGCUGAUGAAGUGCUUCCUUGCACAGGGACUGGAGACGGUUCCCGAGUACAAGGUCUCGUCUCUCCCGAUUUCCAAGGGAAGGAUGUGUUCACAUUGGCCAUGUCCAGCAUUAAUCGCCCCUGGGUACAAGUGUGAAUAUAACCCUUAGUAUAACGGCUAGAGUUGAAUUAGGCUUAACUUCCUUGUGCCCAGCAAAAAUCGCACUCGGGCACCAAGUGUGAGUGAUAAAUACAAAGUGUUUUUACCGUUCAUCGUCCCUCACUUCAACUACUGCCCAGAGAUAUGGCAUUUCUGUAACAAAAGUGCCACUGCAAAGCUAGAGAAAGUUAAUGAGCGUGUCCUUCGUUUUGUCUUUAAUGAGAAACAAACGCCCUACUCAGAGCUACUAAAUAGAAUAGGCUUACCAUCACUUGUGAAUCAAGGCCUCGCUAAAAUAGUAUGGACAGUUUUCAAUGUCAUUAAUAACAAACAUAUUGCAUGGGCCAAACAGCAUUAACGAUCUGAUCAAACAUAGAAACAAUAAAUACGACCACAGGGGAAAUGAUAUUUUAAAGCGGCCAAUGAUCAACUCUUCAACUUACGGCCUGAAAUCCUCACUAGUCAUUCUUUUGUUUUCUCCCCUUUAGUGUCGGUUUAGAGAAUGUUGAAGACCUCAAGAAAGAUCUUGAGCAGGCCUUCGAAAAAGUGUAA